AUGGUAAAACUUCUACUAAAUCGAGAUUAUAAGCCCGAAAAGGACCGACGGGUUUGGGCCGUACGGCCGGCACAGCCGCAGUUGGACAACAAAACCUGUGUCGAUACCAAAACCCGGGACACCAACGGCUGGACAGUGUAUCAUCACAUGGCGACCCCUUUGGUUAACUAUACAUAUGCCAACUCCGACGCCGUGUUGGCCCACUUGUGGCCCUCGCGAGCGAUACUGACGCUGACCAACAACGAGGGCCGGACUGCCAACCAAUUGGCCUGCGAUCGGAUCGCUCGUAAUCUGGAGGUGAAGUUCCAGGAGUUGAUGCUUUUCAACUGGAAGGCACCCGUAUUCCCGUCCCUAUCACUGACGGUGGAUGUGUUGGACCGCAUGUUAAACGCAUUCCUCAACAUUAAGAUUGAUUAUAAGUCGGACGCGAAGAAAAUGUGCGAACAGUUGGACGCGGAAGUGAUGGAUACAGACAACGAUAAGGAGCCGGACUUCGUGCCCGAUUCUCUCAUCGGCAUCGACGCAGCGGAACUAGUGAUGGACAUCUCACUGGACAUACCGUACGACGUGUUGCUCACGAAAGUAGACCUCGAGUACGGAGUGUACGGUCUCUACAACUUCUACAUAAUGCAAAUCGUUGAGCACCGGGUGAAGGGUCUCGUCAUACUAUUCACCCGAUGGGGUCGUGUCGGCGACACCGGACAGUACCAGAAGACCCCCUACGCCACUGUCGAGGAGGCGGCCGACGAGUUCCGGAAGAUAUUUCGGGCCAAAACCGGUAACCACUGGCAGACGGGGUUCGCAGCGCAGCCCAAGAAGUACCGGUUGGUUGAGCUCCAGAAGCGCCGUCGACGGCGCGCCCGGGAGUACAAGUUUGACUCCUUGUCUAAGGCUAUCGUCGACAAGAGAGGCGAUGGUCAGGAGGAGUCGGUUGAGGCCAAACUGCCGGCACCGCUCCAGAAGCUGAUGAAGACACUGAUCCGCGUGCAUACCGGCGGCGAUUCGUACCGAUCGCUGGCCACCGGCCGCGAGAGCGCUCACCACAAGCCGUUCGGCGGACUCCUGUCCGACGAGUCGCUGACCAAAGCGGAAGAUGUGUUGACACGGAUGGAGGCGCUGGUCGUCCAGAGGGACGGCAUUAAAGAUCAACAGCACUCGGAUGACUACCUUCGGGUGACCGGCGAACUCGUGGACCUAUCGGAACAGUUCUAUCACUUGAUCCCAGUGUUUGGCUAUCAGUACGAGAAACUCAAACCACUGUUCACUCGCCAGGAGUUACGCGACAAACAAGAGUUGCAACAGUCGGCGUUCACUUUGGCCGCACAGUCGGGCGCUUUCCUAGCGCUGGAGCGCAUACUAUUGGUCAAAGACUGUCCGCUAUCGGCCACCGCUGCCGACCCGACCACUGGCGACACAUUCCUCCACCAUAUGGUCGCUCACGCGGCCAAAGACGUGACGAUCGGUGGCUACCAGACGCUGGCCUGGUAUCUGCGAUCGUUGGCCACGGGUAGCGUACGGCACGAGUUGGCACUCAAGACAAUGGCCGCCACAGGGAAUAAGUCGCACCGGAGGCCACUCCACGCGUUUCUCGAGAAAUAUGCGGCCAUUAGUUGCGGCGCGGAUUACACGAACAAAUUGCUGGACUUUUUACGCCUAUUGCUGGACACACUCGGCUCAGACGUCGACGCGCCCACCGAUUGGUCCGAUCCCAAACACAUUGACUACGCCCUGCAUAUGGCCGUCAGGUCCGGCUGUUUGCCAGAGAUCUUGGAUGAGUUGAUGGCCCGGAAGCCGCUGUUGGAACAGCUGGACAACACUUGGCGGACACCGUUGGCUGUAGUCAUAACGGGCGGCCACGAGUCGACGGCUCGUAAGCUGAUCGCCGCCGGCGCUGACGUCAAGUUCCGGUCGGUGGACGACGAGAAUCAGUGCCUGUUUAUAGUGCACGCGAAGAAGUCGUUUCAAUUGGUACCGUUGUUUGUGGAGAAGGGCGCCGACGUCACCGAACAGGUCCACCGCUCGGACGAUACUGUACUGCAUUUGUUGGCCGCGCGGGUGACGGAGGACGGGGUUAUGGAGGCGUUGGAGGCCGUGUUGGCCGCCGAUGGGGUGGACGUGAAUGCCGUCAACAAAGAUGGCCGAACACCCCUACACCUGGCCGUGAACUGUCGUCGCGGCGGCACUGAUGACACGUUUGACUUCGAGGAGCGCCUGUUGGCCGCCGGCGCCCGUACGGACAUAUUGGACAACAUGGGUCGGGCGGCCCUACACUACGCCUUCGUGAAAAUAGGCGCCCAUACGGACCGGGCAUUCAUGGAUCCGAUCGAUUUGGUUGAACUCCUGGACCCGGCAGAUGUGGAUCACCCGUCCGGUCAACCCAUGCCCUGCGAGGCGGCCGACGAGUUUGGGUCCACUGUUUUGCAUUACGCGGCCCAACGCGGGGCCACCAUAUCGUGUAUGCAUUUGUUGCGCCGCUCGGCUGUGCCCGUCGACCCCGUAGACAGAGCGGGCAAUACACCACUCGGUCUGGCCGUCCUGUAUGGUCACGAAGGCUGUGCGCUGUUAUUGCAGCAAAAGGGCGCCGCAUAUAUGCUCCCCACCGGCAAUCUAAACACCGAACCCGAUCUGAAACCGUUGGCCACCGAUGGGGACAAAGAUCGGUGGCGAUGGCGACCACUCGGAGAGACGGCUGCCUUAAAACGGGAACAGCGUUUGGCUGAAGUGCACCGACCCAUCAUCGAGGAAGUGGUCCGCAAAGACUGGAACGGUGUCCUGAAACUAAUGAUCAACGACUUGGGCGCACAGGGAGUGGGAACCGGUGUAGUGAUCGCCGCCGCCAUUAAGACCAAUCGCUACAAUCUGGCCAUUAAACUGUUGAAGAGAGUACACAACGCGCGCACACUUCACAACCCGGAGCGGACACUAUUGCACACACUGGCCAUGGAGUCCAAGGGCGGCAACACUGGCCUCCAGAGCCAAGUGGUCAAACUGAUGACAGCACUCGACCCAAAGCUGAUUCAUACGGUGGACACGAAGUUCUUUUCAAACGCUAUCGUAUACGCGGCCGCCAACUGGAACUGUCAACUCAUGCGCGAGUAUACCGAGGCGUUGGGCGGCGUCGGCAAAGUGGCCGCACUGGCAGCCGAUGCGCUACUCCGGACACCGGUGUCGGCACUAUUCUGGUCAUUACACACCCGUACGGAUCAGUCUCUGCCCAAAGAGGUGACCGAAUGGCUUUUGAAACUGUUGGCCGCCGAUCCGGAGCUCGUGAACGCUGUGGCCUAUUAUCCAUUUACGGAGAGUCCGUAUCCGGGCGUACGGUUUGCCGCCACGGCUGAUGCCAAAGCCUCGGCGCCCGGCGCUGUCAAGUAUACCCCGUUGAUAGUGGCUGUGAUUUGUGGCCACUAUUUGAUUGUUAAGGAUUUGCUUAAUUUGAAGGUUAGCGACGAGUUUGUGGUCGAUGUUAACCGGCCGGACAGCUCCGGUCGCACACCACUCAUGCACGCCGUCCGACUGAAUGACAUAAAAAUGGUAAAACUUCUACUAAAUCGAGAUUAUAAGCCCGAAAAGGACCGACGAGUUUGGGCCGUACGGCCGGCACAGCCACAGUUGGACAACAAAACCGGUGUCGAAACCAAAACCCGGGACACCAACGGCUGGACAGUGUAUCAUCACAUGGCGACCCCUUUGGCUAACUAUACAUACGCCAACUCCGACGCCCUGUUGGCCCACUUGUGGCCCUCGCGAGCGAUACUUACGCUGACCAACAACGAGGGCCGGACUGCCAACCAAUUGGCCUGCGAUCGAAUCGCUCGUAAUCUGGAGGUGAAGUUCCAGGAGUUGAUGCUUUUCAACUGGAAGGCACCCGUAUUCCCGUCCUUAUCACUGACGGUGGAUGUGUUGGACCGCAUGUUAAACGCAUUCCUCAACAUUAAGAUUGAUUAUAAGUCGGACGCGAAGAAAAUGUGCGAACAGUUGGACGCGGAAGUGAUGGACACAGACAAGGAUAAGGAGCCUGACUUUGUGCCCGAUUCUCUCAUCGGUAUCGACGCAGCGGAACUAGUGAUGGACACCUCACUGGACAUACCGUACGACGUGUUGCUCACGAAAGUAGAUCUCGAGUACGGAGUGUACGGUCUCUACAACUUCUACAUAAUGCAAAUCGUUGAGCACCGGGUGAAGGGUCUCGUCAUACUAUUCACCCGAUGGGGUCGUGUCGGCGACACCGGACAGUACCAGAAGACCCCCUACGCCACUGUCGAGGAGGCGGCCGACGAGUUCCGGAAGAUAUUUCGGGCCAAAACCGGUAACCACUGGCAGACGGGGUUCGCAGCGCAGCCCAAGAAGUACCGGUUGGUUGAGCUCCAGAAGCGGCGUCGACGGCGCGCCCGGGAGUACAAGUUUGACUCCUUGUCUAAGGCUAUCGUCGACAAGAGAGGCGAUGGUCAGGAGGAGUCGGUUGAGGCCAAACUGCCGGCACCGCUCCAGAAGCUGAUGAAGACACUGAUCCGCGUGCAUACCGGCGGCGAUUCGUACCGAUCGCUGGCCACCGGCCGCGAGAGC